ACCACAUCACCUUGCCCCUGGCUUUGAUGUUUGAGGACGUGGCUGUAGCUGCCACCAACUUCUCCUUCUAUGACUGCAGUGCUGUCCAGGCCUUGGAGGUGGCUGCCCCGUGCCGCGCUUGUGUGGGCAGCCUCUGGCCAUGCCACUGGUGCCCCCAGAGCAGCCGCUGUGUGUCCGGGGAGCACUGCCCAGAGGGCGAGGGUACCGUCUACAGUGCCCAGGAGGUGGAUGUCCAGGUGCGUGGCCCAGGGGCUUGUCCCCGGGUGGAGGGCCUGGCAGGUCCCCUCCUGGUGCCGGUCGGUUGGGAGAGCCGUCUGGCCCUGCGUGUGCGGAACCUUCAGCAUUUCGGAAGCCUGCCCGCCUCCUACCACUGCUGGCUGGAGCUGCCCGGAGAACUUCGAAGGCUGCCGGCCUCUCUGGAAGAGAUGGCCGGGGACGUGGGCCUCAUCUACUGCCAAGCCCAGCAGUUCCGCCCCUCCAUGGCCCAGCAGGAGCUCCCAGUGCCCAUCUACGUCACCCGGGGCAAGAGUCAGCGGCUGGACAACGCCCAUACUCUCCAUGUGACCCUGUACGACUGUGCCGUGGGCCGCCCCGACUGCAGCCGCUGCCAGGCAGCUAAUGGGAGCCUGGGCUGCGUGUGGUGCAGCCACGGCCAGCCUACCUGUCGCUACGGUCCUCUGUGCCCCCCCGGGGCUGUAGAGCUGCUGUGUCCCACUCCCAGCAUUGACACAAUCGAGCCCCUGACUGGGCCCCCCGAGGGCGGCUUGGCCCUCACCAUCUGGGGCUCCAACCUGGGCCGGGACCUUGCCGAGGUACAAGAUGCCGUGAAGGUGGCCGGCCGCCCCUGCAGCCCUGAGCCCUCUCUCUACCGCACCUCUGCCCGGAUUGUGUGUGUGACAUCCCCCGCUCCUAACGGCACCACAGGGCCAAUCCAAGUGGCCAUUAAGAAUCGGCCACCGGGCAUCUCAACCCAGCAUUUCACCUACCAGGACCCCAUCCUGCUGAGCCUGAGUCCCCGGUGGGGCCCCCAGGCAGGGGGCACCCGGCUCACUAUCCACGGGCAGCACCUCCAGACAGGAGGCAGCAUCAGGGCCUUCGUGGGUGGACAGCCCUGUCCUAUCCGGGAGCCGGUGUGUCCUGAGGCCAUUGUGUGCCACACCAUGUCCCAGGCCAGCCCAGGAGAAGCUGUGGUUCGAGUGGUCUUCGGCCACGCCCAGCGCACGCUGCUCACCAGCCCCUUCCAGUACACUGCCAACCCGCAGCUCGCGGCGGCGGAGCCCAGCGUCAGCUUCCGGGGGGGCGGGCGGCUGAUCCGCGUCAGGGGCACGGGCCUGGACGUGGCGGAGCGGCCCCUGCUGUCUGUGUGGCUGGAGGCCGCGGCAGAGGUGCAGGCGGCAGGGGCCCAGCCCCAGGACCCAACCCCGAGGAGGAGCUGUGGGGCCCCUGCCGCGGCCCCCCAGGCUUGUAUCCAGCUCGAGGGGGGCUUGCUGCAGUGCUCCACCGUCUGUUCUGUCAACUCGUCCAGCCUCCUCCUGUGUCAGAGCCCCGCUGUGCCAGAUGGGGCGCACCCCCGGCGGGUCUUCUUCAGCCUGGACGGUGUGCACGUAGACUUUGCCAGCGCCAGUGGGGGCCAGGACUUCCUGUACCAGCCCAACCCCCGUCUGGCCCCCCUCAGCCGCGAGGAGCCCACCCGCCCCUACCGCCUCAAGCCUGGCAACGUCCUGGACGUGGAGGGCCAGGGCCUCAACCUGGGCAUCAGCAAGGAGGAAGUGCGCGUGCACAUUGGCGAUGGCGAGUGCCUGGUGAAGACGCUCACGCUCACCCACCUGUACUGCGAGCCGCCCUCCCGGGCCCCGCAGCCCGCGAAUGGUUCCGGUACCCUGCCACAGUUUGUGGUUCAGAUGGGCAACGUGCGCCUGGCCCUGGGCCCCGUCCAGUACGAGACUGAGCCCGCUCUGUCUGCCUUCCCCGUGGAGGCCCAGGUGGGCCUGGGCCUGGGCGCUGCCGUGCUGAUCGCCGCCGUGCUCCUCCUCACCCUCAUGUACAGGCACAAGAGCAAGCAGGCCCUGCGGGACUAUCAGAAGGUUCUGGUGCAGCUGGAGAACCUGGAGAUUGGUGUGGGCGACCAGUGCCGCAAGGAGUUCACAGACCUGAUGACCGAGAUGACCGACCUCAGCAGCGACCUGGAGGCCAGUGGGAUCCCCUUCCUGGACUACCACACCUACGCCGAGCGAGUCUUCUUCCCAGGGCAUGGUGGCUGCCCGCGGCAGCCAGCACUCGAAGGGCCUGGGGAGGAGGGCCGCCGUGGCCCCGUGCGCCAGGGCCUCACGCAGCUCUCCAACCUGCUCAACAGCAAGCUCUUCCUCCUCACACUCAUCCACACCCUGGAGGAGCAGCCCGGCUUCUCCCAGCGGGACCGCUGCCACGUGGCUUCUCUGCUGUCCCUGGCACUGCACGGCAAGCUCGAGUACCUGACUGACAUCAUGAGGACGCUGCUGAGUGACCUGGCCGCCCAUUACGUGCACAAGAACCCCAAGCUCAUGCUGCGCAGGACAGAGACCAUGGUGGAGAAGCUGCUGACCAACUGGCUGUCCAUCUGUCUCUAUGCCUUUCUGAAGGAGGUGGCUGGUGAGCCGCUGUACGUGCUCCUCCGGGCCAUUCAGUACCAGGUGGACAAGGGCCCCGUGGACGCCGUGACCGGCAAGGCAAAACGGACCCUGAACGACAGCCGCCUGCUUCGGGAGGACGUGGAGUUCCGGCCCCUGACGCUGAUGGUGCUGGUGGGCCCCAGGGCCGGCGGGGCGGCGGGGAGCAGCGCUGCGCAGCGCGUGCCCGCGCGGGUGCUCGACACAGACACUAUCACCCAGGUCAAAGAGAAGGUGUUGGACCAAGUCUACAAGGGCACCCCCUUCUCCCAGAGGCCCUCGGUGCACGCCCUAGAUCUCGAGUGGCGCUCGGGCCUUGCUGGCCACCUAACCCUGUCAGAUGAGGACCUGACCUCGGUGACCCAGAACCACUGGAAGCGACUCAACACCCUACAGCACUACAAGGUCCCGGAUGGAGCCACCGUGGGGCUCAUCCCCCAGCUGCACAACGGAGGUGCCGUCUCCCAGAGCCUGGCCCAGAACUGCCCCUCGGGGGAGAACAUUCCCAUGCUGGAGGAUGCUGAGGAGGGUGGGGUCCGCCUCUGGCACCUGGUGAAAGCCUCCGACGAGCUGGAGGGAGCGAAGGCGCGUCGCAGCAGCCUGAGGGAGCGGGAGCGCGAGCGGGCGCGGGCCAAGGCGAUUCCGGAGAUCUACCUCACCCGCCUGCUCUCCAUGAAGGGCACGCUGCAGAAGUUCGUGGAUGACACCUUCCAGGCCAUUCUCAGCGUGAACAGGCCCGUGCCCAUUGCCGUCAAGUACCUGUUUGACUUCCUGGACGAGCUGGCCGAGAAGCAUGGCAUCGAGGACCCGGAGACCUUGCACAUCUGGAAGACGAACAGCCUGCUGUUGCGGUUCUGGGUGAACGCCCUGAAGAACCCACGGCUCAUCUUUGACGUGCGGGUGUCGGACAACGUGGACGCCAUCCUCGCCGUCAUUGCCCAAACCUUCAUCGACUCCUGCACUGUCUCCGAGCAUAAAGUGGGCAGGGAUUCCCCAGUGAACAAACUGCUCUAUGCCCGGGAGAUCCCUCGCUACAAGCAGAUGGUGGAGAGAUACUACUCUGACAUCCGCCAGAGCUCUCCCGCCAGCUAUCAGGAGAUGAACUCAGCUCUGGCCGAGCUCUCCGGGAACUACACCUCUGCUCCCCACUGCCUGGAAGCUCUGCAAGAACUCUACAACCACAUCCACAGGUAUUAUGACCAGAUCAUCAGCGCCCUGGAGGAGGACCCUGUGGGUCAGAAGAUGCAGCUGGCCUGCCGUCUGCAGCAGGUAGCAGCCCUGGUGGAGAACAAGGUGACUGACCUGUGAGCUUGGGCCCCCGCGGAUACCCAAGGCCGGCCAGCCUGGAGAGGAGCAAGCAGGCCCUCCCACCGCAGUGCCUUAGGACCCCUGGAUGGAGCCAGCAACUGAGGAGGGGGCCAGCGGAAAGCGGAAGGGGGUUGUACCCACCAGGGGGCUCCCCACCGCCUCCCACCCACCGGCCCUUCGCCCUGCUGUUCCCCUACCUGGGCUUCCUUCUAAUUUAUAGUAGCCCUCACCUCUUCUUCUCACCUCCCCCACGGUAUUUAUUUGCUUGCUGGAGAAUCACAUCUGGAAAUAAAAUAGAAAAACAUCUUUUUAG